AUGGUUAACCCUACCGUUCUCGUUACUACCAUCCUUGCUACCACCGCCCACGCGUGGACAUGGGGUAAUUGCCGCAAUACCCAGCAAUGCAACCCAGCUCACGCAGCCGGACCCUACUCCUCCAACUAUGCCGACCUACAGCGUGCCAACGACGGUUAUUGGUACUCGAAACAGGUCGAUGGUGUCAUUAUCGACCCUAAUGGAUGGUAUGACCCUGCAAACGGGUUUUGGGUACUCAGUGUCUGGAAUGGCCCUAAUACUCAAAGCUAUUGGUCGUCACCUGACCAAAAGCCCUGCUGUCUUCCCAACGAGGUUGGCACCGGAAUUACCGGGGCCUCGGUUACUGGUUCAGCCGCUUAA